AAAAACGGGAGCCGAAAGCUUGCGGACCGCAGUCAGCGGUGUAGUCGCACUCGUCUUCAUUAUGUCUUUCAACGGCAAAUAUGUGUUGGAGAGCCAGGAGAACUACAAGGAGUUCCUGGAAGCUAUUGGGGUGUCAAAGGUGGAAGUUGCCAAUGAAGACAUGGUGACGGACAUCUACCAGGGCGCUUACUACAGCAUUACCAAAUAUAUGGGCGGUGACAGUGUGACCCACACGUUCAUGCUUAACAGGGAGGCGGAACUGGAAGAUCUGGACGGCACAACAUUCAAGACCACUGUCCGUUUAGAAGGAGGUAAAAUCAAGAUCCAGUUCCCCAAAUAUGUUUACACUGCUGAGGUGUCUGGUGACAAACUUACAGAGAUUAAUUCCAUUCCGAAUGGGAUUACCAACAAGAUGGUGAGCAAGAGACAAGCAGUGUAAUCUGGAAAUAAGAUCUUGCAAAACUGCAUUUAAACCUAAUAAACAAGCAUUCAACAUGG